GUUAUAGUGAGCAUAUAUACACAGUUGCGGAUAGAUAGGAGCUUCUCGUUCAUUGUUCUUGUCGCUUCUCUCCCGAGCCCAACGAUUUCUGCCGAUUUCUUUACAUACACCUCGAGGGCUGCAAGUCAGGGCAAGCACAUGCUAGCAAUCGACCUUUGUGCUGCUUAGGAUGCCCGAGCCAGGAGCUAGGCAACGCCCUCAACGCGCAGCGGCAAAGGAGGCCCAGCAGCGUAUAGCAGCUCAGGCUCAGGGCCGGGACGUGCAUCCCCUUGAAGAGGAGCCCAGCCCGGACGGACCGCUGGUGCUCACGAACGGGCAGAGGAACCAGUCAACCGACCCGAACAAAGAAAACGUAAAGCUGAACGCACAGGCCAAAGCCGGUGCGCCCAAGGCCCCGCCGAAGGCUGCCUUGGCGCCGCCCGCGCCUGCAGCGCAGGCAGCCCCUCGGCCUGGGAUUCCAGCGGCUUUCGUGGCAGAACCAAAGGUAGAAGAGCCCGCGGAGGAUGGGCCGGACAAGUUCCCUGUGCCCAAGAAGGUGGCUGUGGGGGGCUCGCCUGCCUACAUCCCGGACAAGAAGCUAGGCAAAGGAGGCUUCGGGCAGGUUUGGCUCGGUCGCCGGGUGAUACCCGCGAAGAAGAGCUCCGCCAAGGACACGGACCAGGCGGCGUCAUUGAACCAGGUCGCGCUCAAAUUUGAGCACAAGAGCAGCAAGGGUUGCGCAGCGGGGCCUCCCUACGAGUGGUCGAUUUACUCGCAACUCGGGGACGUGUACGGCAUCCCCAAGGUGCACUACAAGGGCCAGCAGGAUGACUUCUACAUCAUGGUCAUGGACCUGCUGGGCCCUAGCUUGUGGGACGUUUGGAACCAGCAGGGGCAACGGCUAUCGGAGGCGUACGUAGCGUGCGUGGCGAUGGAGGCGCUCACAAUCCUGCAGGCGCUGCACAACCGCGGGUACGUGCACGGCGACAUCAAGCCGGAGAACUUCCUGCUGGGGCCGCCCGACACCAACCGCUCCAAGCGGCUGUACCUGGUGGACCUGGGCCUGGCCAUGAAGUACCGGGACGGGCGGUACGGCGGGCACGUCAAGUACGACCAGCGGCCGGACGACUUCCGCGGCACGGUGCGCUACGCCAGCGUGCAUGCGCACCUGGGGCGCACCAGCAGCCGGCGCGACGACCUGGAGUCACUGGCGUACACGCUCAUCUUCCUGCUGAAGGGCCGCCUGCCCUGGCAGGGGUACCAGGGCCAGAACAAGGGGUACUGGGUGGCGCGCAAGAAGAUGGCGACGUCGGCGGAGAUGCUGUGCCGGCUCACGCAGACCGCGUUCCGCGAGUUUACGGACAGCGUAAUGAAUGCCAAGUUCGAGGAGGAGCCCAACUACGCGCGGUACAUUGCCAUGUUUGAGCCGCUGGUCAACGUGCCGGAGCGGCCGCUGGUGGUGGAGAACGCGCUCAAGCUGGUUGUGGGCAGCAAGCGCAGCCGCGCGGACUUCGAGGGCGACGUGGAGAUCCAGCCCGUGAAGAAGGUCCGCACCGGCAACGGCGCGCGGCAGUGGAUCACGGUGUACAACAAGCACGCCCCCAUGAAGCAGCGGUACCACUACAACGUGAACACCAGCCGCCUGCUGGUGCACGUGCAGAAGGGCUGGGAGGACGGGCUGUACAUCUCGUGCGUGUCGUCCUGCCAGAACCUGUGGGCCAUCGUCAUGGACGCGGGCACGGACUACACGCAGCAGAUCUACAAGGUGCACUACAACUCGUUUCUGCCCAAGGAGUGGAUCAUGGAGAAGUGGGAGGAGGGCUACUACAUCACGGCGGUGUCGGGCAGCGACAACAACAGCAGCCUGGUGGUCAUGUCCAAGGGCACACGCUUCACGCAGCAGUCGUACAAGGUGGCGGACUCGUUCCCCUUCGAGUGGAUCAAGAAGAAGUGGCGCGAGGGCUUCUACGUGACCGCCAUGGCCACCUGCGUGAACCAGUGGGCUGUGGUCAUGAGCAAGACGACCGGCAUCAUCGACCAGGUGGUGGAGGUGGACUUCCAGUACCCGUCGGAGGGCAUUCACAAGCGCUGGGACGCGGGCUACCGCAUCACCUGCGCCGCGUCCACGCACGACCAGUCGGCGUUCGUGCUGUCCAACCUGCGCAAGCCCAACCUGGACGAGACGCAGGAGACGCUGCGCACCAGCAGCUUCCCCACGCAGCACAUCAAGGAGAAGUGGGACGACAACCUGUUCCUGGCGGCGAUCUGCUACGGCAAGACCGUCAGCUAAGGAGCGGCAGCCAACGCACGGGCGGACUGGCGCGCGCGAACCGGUGGCUAGUGCGGCUGGCGUGGCCUGGUGUGGCAUUCGGGCUUCGCAUCUGUAGCGCCGAUCGACAUUCAAGGCGCGGAGUAUGGCAGCCAGGUGCCCCUCAGCAGGUCAGCAGCCAUCCUGGCGUGCGGCUCCCCCAAGUCUCGGGGCUGGUUAGUGUCAGUUGCAGCGGGUAGGCGGCAAUUUCCGCAGUUUUGCUGUGUGCUGCACGGUCGGCCCCGCUUGCUGUCGGGGCACGUAGGUCAGGUCGCGCCGUGCAACAGCUGAAUGCAGGCAGUUGACGGCUUGGGGACGCCUAGAUACAGGCACUACAAGAGGCAGAUGGAAUAACCUCGCGCGGGGGUUCAAAUACAUAAUUAGAACUGUGCGGGUGUCAGCAGGGUGCGCCUUCCUUCUGCUGGCACGCGUCUGGUUAGCCAGAAGCAGAUAGAUUCUUUUGUUUUGACUCCAGGGCAUCCGGAUUGUCAGCUAGUGGCAGGACAAGGCGCAGUGUCGCGUGUGUGUGUGUGUGGGUGUCGCUUGUGUUGUUCUGGAGGGUGCAGUGGCUGUGCCACUAUUCUUCAGGUAUACUGUUCAGGUGUAGGUUCGCGUGUAGGUGGUUUCGGACGGGCGUUUGUGAGGACCCAGCUGGUCCAACAGGCACGCGAACACUAGGAUGCAUCGGCUCGACCCGGCACCACAAGUUAGGCACCAGUUUGACGGACGGCCGGGCAUGUGCGUUCUCUUAUUGUACGAUAACACAGCGCACUCUGGCUGUGCUGCAUGCUUACACCACCUGUAAUCUCUCGUUUUU